AGUAAUUGUCGCCUUGAAUCCACUACAUCGAGCAGACUAUUUUGAAACUAAUAUAUACAAAAAUUAAUAUUUACUUCUUGAAAUUGGGUUGAACAGUUUAAGCUAUAUUACAUAUAAUACAAAUAUCAUGGCGCCUCCCUCUCAGCUUUCCAUCAAGACCUCUGCUGUCCUCCGCCUCGUUAAGGAAGAAGCAAGCUACCACAAAGAGCUCGAGCAGCAGCAGUCGAGAGUAGAGAAGCUCAAGUCUCAAUCCAGCAAUGACGAGAAUGCAGAGUAUCAGAUCAAGCAGGAGCUCAAAGCGAUCGAGGAGACAAAGGCCGUAUUCCCUUCGUUGAAGAAGCGCAUUGCAGAGGCAGUUGAUCAAUUAGACAAGCAGCUGGAGUCUGAGAAAGAAUCUGGCGAGUCGAGCCCCGUCGAGGAUAUCAACAAAGCAAAGGAAGCCAUUGCAGAAGCUCGCGUGAGCAUCCGGGAAGUUGCUUAAAUGAUGUCGGCUCUAAUUUAUGAUUUCAAACCAAAAUAAAAGAAAGAAAGCAAAUGAAAUGAUAUUACAGAGCAGAUAU